AUACGUGUUCGUUGUCGUAUGGCUUCCUCCUUUGCGCCAUGAAGCGAUUGACAGCUUCAUGGGCUGGGCAGACAAAGCUCUAUAUAUGAAAACACGUGACAGGGCUCGGAGAAGCUACGCCUCAUAAGAGUGAAGACACAAAGAAAAAGGUUGGAGAGACGCUGGAGGCAGCAGCAGGACCAAUAGCUCCAACCUGUUUCCACAGAAAAGGAGCGCACCCCAAGAGCGACAACUUCGACUUCCACAAAAAACUUUUGCUUCACAACUAAUUGAAAACAAAUAGGAAAAAACUAAAUAAUUCUCUGUUUUUACCUAAUGUAUGCGCGUUGGCUGUUUUUCCUUUAAUCUAAUAUUUUUGGUCGUUUCUGGCUCGGAUUUACGCACGGCGAUAGAGGUCGAUUCUGCACACUUGAAAGAAUUAUGUAAGGUUGUCCUGUCAUCUCAGACUGCAGUAUUAUCUUCAGACACAGCCAUGAAAUCUGUGCUUGAUGGGGUGGCGGACACCACCUUCCGGACUAUUACAUCUGGGUUGCAGUAUCUGGGCUCCAAUGAUGCCAACUACAAUGACCCCACCAGUGAUUUGAACUUAAAGGGCAGCUUGUCCAUGCAGAAGCCCCUAUCUGCUUUCCGCAGUAACUCCUUCCCAAACAAGGUACCUACAGAUGAAGAGCUUAUCCUCAAGGGCAUCCCCUUCUCCCCCACCAAUGCCACAGACUUGUUUGGCAACAGGAGCACAUUUAGAGAUGAGACAAACAAUAUACAAUGCGGCGAGAACUUUAUGGACAUGGAGUGUUUCAUGAUCCUGACUCCCAGCCAGCAGUUGGCUGUGGCUGUGAUGUCUCUGACUCUGGGUACCUUCACGGUGCUGGAGAACCUGGUGGUGCUCUGCGUCAUUCUGCAGUCCCGCACCCUCCGCUGCCGUCCAUCCUACCAUUUCAUCGGCAGCCUCGCGAUAGCUGACCUCCUGGGCAGCGUUAUCUUUGUCUACAGCUUUUUGGACUUCCAUGUUUUCCACAGGAAGGACAGCCCUAAUGUGUUUCUCUUCAAGCUGGGUGGAGUCACUGCGUCGUUCACAGCAUCAGUUGGGAGCCUCUUUCUCACUGCUAUUGACCGCUACAUCUCCAUACACCGGCCUCUCGCCUACAGGCGCAUUGUAACACGGACCAAGGCUGUCAUAGCCUUUAGUAUGAUGUGGACACUCUCGAUCAUCAUUGCAGUGCUACCUCUGCUUGGCUGGAACUGUAAACGUCUCAACUCAGUCUGCUCAGACAUAUUCCCCCUGAUUGAUGAAAACUACCUGAUGUUCUGGAUCUUCCUGACCAGUGUCUUGGUUAUUUUCAUCAUCUAUGCCUAUAUAUACAUCCUGUGGAAAGCACACCACCACGCCAUGCGCAUGAUGAGCCGUGCUUCCCAGAAGAGUCUUGUUGUUUACUCAGCAGAUGGAACAAAAGUGCAGACCACCCGCCCUGAUCAGGCACGCAUGGACAUCCGUUUAGCCAAGACUCUGGUGCUCAUUCUAGUGGUGCUGGUAAUCUGCUGGGGCCCGUUGCUUGCCAUCAUGGUAUAUGACCUCUUCUGGAAGAUGGACGAUGACAUCAAGACAGUAUUUGCGUUCUGCAGCAUGCUCUGUCUGCUCAACUCUACUGUCAACCCAAUCAUCUACGCCUUGAGGAGUAAGGACCUGCGGCGUGCCUUCCUUAGCUCCUGCAACAUCUGCCAGAGCAGUGCCCAGCAACUGGACAAUAGCCUCGAAUCGGACUGCCAAAACAGAAAUGCCAACAUCUCUGCCAACAGGGCUGCAGAGAGUUGCGUGAAGACCACUGUGAAAAUAGCCAAAGUAACAAUGUCUGUGUCAACAGAAACGUCUGCAGAAGCUGUCUAAUUAGCCAAUCAGGGGGCGGGAAGUGUAAAUGUCAUCCUCCCUAAACAACCCUAUUUCACAUGAAAAGCAAAAGUUGAGCAUUCAGAAAAGUCCUCUCUGGAAAGUUGUUGACUCUCAUCCUCGCACAGACGUUUUAGUGGCUCCAUAAUUUUAUGUUGGUGUAUGAGUACAUAGUGUGCCAAAGUGCCAAAUGGCAUUGCAAGAUCAUAGAAGGGAUUGCAAAUUGGAAAGGACUCGGAAAGACUUUCAUAAGCAUAGACUUCAUGAUAUCCAGUCAACAAAGGCAUAUUAUAUUUUUGUACUGUGAAUUCAGGUUUUGAAAAACUCUAUCUUCAUUUAUGGGAUAAGGGGCUACUGAAAUUUCUAGGUAGAGAUGUUUUACAGUGUCAUGUAAAACUCGAUCUGUGUCUUGAACCAUACGUAUAACAAUUCAUUCCGCCUUGAUCUCCUGUAGGCUUCAUGUUGCAUAAAGGCAUUUUUGAAACUAAUAAAAAAAAAUUACUUUAGUUAACUCGGAUUGUUUUGUUGCAGAAUUGUAUAAUUUCUGACAUCACUCAGUGAAUGACCAAUGUGUGGAGAGAUCUUGUUUAAGAAAUGACAGGUCAGGGAGAGUAAUUAAACCAUAAAAAAUCAACUCCGACUAAUAAGUGUGAAAUAGAUCUUUGAAAUUUCGUUUUAUCAGUUGUAAAGUGAUUUCUUUACUAGCUGCCUGCUCUUGCAGGGUAAAAUGUCUUUAUUCAGUUAUGUACCUAACAACUGUACAGUGUUUAAUUGCAAAUGAAGUGUUCCAAUUCAGCUAUACAGCCCACUCCACUCAAACGCCAAGCUUUUUUUGUUUAAAGCCUGAAAGAUAAUAAAGUGGAAAAAAAAAAAAAAACAGUGUGCUGGUCACUACUGUUGGAAACUAAAAGGGUUUACGGACUAUAGCUGCUUUUGCCAAAUGUUUAAUUUUUAUUGGAUUCUGCCUUGUAUGUAUGUGUAGUACCUUGUGACUUGGUGAUCUGUUUCCAACCCCAAAGCCUUUCGAUCAUUGCAGUGAUUUUUUUCUUAUUGGUACUGUUGCAGAAAACUAAAGAAACCAAUGCAUGGGGUUGGUGAAGUGGUUUUGGCAUAACUCUAAAUAACAUAGAACAAUCUGAUGUUAAUUUUUCCUUCUCAAAACAAAGAAACAAAGGUCAGUAGCUUGUGACUUAAAUGGAAGUGUGUGUGUGUGAGAACUGUGUGAAGAUCAAAACUGACCUUAAAUACAACAUAGCAAAGAUGUUAUUUUUUUUUCUGAUAGAUGAUGUAGAAGUUUUAAUCUAGAAAUCUCACAGCACAAUUGUUCUGUAAAAAUGUAUCUCGUUGUGAAGUUUUCCAGACAGCUCUUUAUCAGUAUACUUAUGCUGGCUCUUGUAGUUUUAAAUAUUAAAGAUCAAAAUGUCAACUUGUUAAGUGGCUUCUGUACACUGGUGGCAUAAAGAGGAAUUUAUGACUUCAAAAUCACAGUCGAUCAAGUGUUUCUGGUAUUGCUGUGUUAAAACCUUUGAAUAAAGUCGCAGCUGGUGUCAUGUU